UUCUAGGCUACACAACCUUUCCCAGGCCACACUACACCAAGCAAGAGUCAUCUUUUGAUAGUAUAAAAUCACGAAAGAUAUUAGAUAUCCUAUACAUAACAUCUCGUCCACACGGAGUGCCUCAUUCUGUACAUACACUUUCCAUCUACUUACUUGACACCUCUUCCUUCUCCCAGCAAUGGUCGGAGCCGAAAGGGACGCAGACGCAACCAUGCGCCACGCCAUCACCCAAUUCCGCCACAAUAUGGAAACCGCCAACCGCCGCUUCCUCCGAGACCGAGUCACCGAGAUCGAAGCCCUGCACCUCCCCACCGAAGCUGACAAGCUCCAGCGGAUGCGCGACUACUGGGACAAUCUGGGCAUCGGCGGGCCGGACCCGCACUGGAACCAACUCGUCCCGCCCGGACCCGUCCGCGAAGACCGCGAGGUCCGUGGCGUGACGUGUCUGGCGGAGGUUCCGUCGCUGUACCACCAGUACAUGGACGGGGUGUGUCCCCCGCGUCUACGGACGGAGGCGUGGCGGCAGAUGUAUCUGGAGAUGUUCCACGAGGUGUGCUCCGCGGCGGUGGCUGAUGAUGGCCAAAGCCAGGAGGCGGAUGCAAUCCCGCAGUGUGAGGAGUUAGUGCUCUUCCUUAAAUACGCGAACGGGGUCUGCGAUCCGGAUUUCCGGCGUCUGGGGAUCGCGCCUUUUGUGCCGGGGUUCUAUAUUGGGGUGUCUGAAUAUGCGUUUGUAGAGGAGGGGGCGGAGCGGGAGAUGAAGGGUUUCAGAGAUUUGGAGGCGCAGCGGGAGGCGCUGAGAGGGUAUUUGAAGGAUAGUCUCCUUGGCCAGGUGGGGCUCCAUGGGACGAUUGAUGAUGAUCUGGAGGUCAAGGUUGGCUUUCUGAUAGGGUGUGGUGGUUGGAUGCAUGAGGAUCGGUGGUACAGUGCUUAUGCGUACUGUCGGGUGAUCGAGGAGGAUGGUGCGGACUCCGCGUAUAAGCAUUGGGCGUGGCGGGUGGUUUUCUUCGAGGCGAGCGAAGAUAACCCCGCGACGCUGUACGGGCGCAGACCCUUGUUUGAUUCAAUUCCGGAAUUCUUGGAGUGGUAUAGCAGCUGGCCGGAUUAUGUCGACAUGCGCCAGGUUCGACGGAAUGUUUCGGGGACUACACUUGAAGCGAGGAUGAUUGUGGUUGUUGCUAGGGUUGGUUUCCCACUACACGGCAUCUGUACUGUAAACACAUAGAUUUACGGAGUAGGCAUAGUAGCUCACGGCAUGAGAGUGGAACGGUCAAUCUAUUCCGAUUGAGGCAUUUUGUUUGC